AUGACCGUGGACAUGGAAAAGUGCAAACGCAUAGUACAAUACUUCUGGGACCCAGAACCUAGAAAUGAUGUACCUGCGGCGUCGAUAUGGUGCCUGGGCAGGGAGUAUGCCCCCCCGCAACCACCCAGUGACCCGGCUACCAACAACCCAUACAGCCCCUCAAGACAGCCCGAUGCUAGCACAUUGAAUGACACAGCAUGGCCAAAGGCAUUUCUCUCUGACUUUGGAUCGAGGAUCUGGAUCACAUAUCGAUCAAACUUCACACCGAUCCCACGAACAAAGUCACUAGAAGCAACAUCCUCGAUGACACUGGGGGUACGUCUGAGAAGUCAACUGAUGGACCCUCAAGGCUUUACGUCAGAUACAGGGUGGGGCUGCAUGAUCAGAUCUGGACAAAGCCUUUUGGCAAAUACCUUUUCAGUUCUAUUACUCGGACGAGACUGGCGCCGAGGGGAGAAAGUGGAGGAAGAGUCAAAGCUAAUAUCGAUGUUCGCCGAUCACCCCGAAGCUCCCUUCUCAAUACAUCAAUUUGUCAAUCGCGGCGCAGAAUCAUGCGGGAAAUACCCAGGUGAAUGGUUUGGGCCCUCGGCAACUGCUAAAUGUAUCCAGCUACUUUCAACCCAAAGCAAGGCCCCUCAACUCAGGGUAUAUGUAACCAAUGACACAUCGGACAUCUAUGAAGACAAAUUUGCACAUGUGUCCCACGAUAGGUCGGGUCACAUUCAACCAACACUCAUCCUGAUUGGAACCAGGUUGGGGAUCGACAAUGUCACCCCAGCGUACUGGGAUGGACUUCGAGCUGCAUUAACAUAUCCCCAAUCCGUUGGGAUUGCAGGUGGACGCCCAUCAGCAUCGCAUUACUUUGUAGGGGCUCAAGACUGCCACCUCUUCUUCCUUGAUCCGCAUACCACCCGACCUGCAACGUCAUAUCGACCAGAUGGGCCUUACACUCAAGAGGAACUAGAUAGCUACUACACCAACCGACUACGGAGAAUCCAUAUCAAGGACAUGGAUCCUAGCAUGCUGAUUGGAUUUCUCAUCCAGGACGAAGAUGACUGGGCUGACUGGAAGAAACGAAUUCAAUCCACGCCUGGACAACCCAUUGUGCACAUUUUCCCCAGUCAGCAUCAGCCAGAUUAUGGCCAUGGUCGAGCUGAGGCUCUGGAUGAAGUUGAGGCACUGGACGAUUCAGAUGAGAUGGAGUGA